UUGGGAAGAAAAGUGUGGGAUUUUGGAAGGUUUCUGGUGAAGGCGACAGCAUAAAAAAUGACAGUAAACUUCAGUAACUUACUGUCCCCAAAAGCCCGAUAUGGAAAAGCCAAUCAUUUUCGUCUCUGACUUGCCUCCCUCUCCUUUCCUCUCCCUCCAUUAUUGCCCUUCUCUAUCUCUUCAUCAAACUCCACAUCUCUGUCGUUUCCACCUUCCCUUCCAAUGGAGCUCGUCCCUUACUCUGACCCAUCUUCCAAUUCCAAUUCCAAUUCCAAUUCCUCAAGCCCUCCAUGGCAGGACAUGUUCAGAUCCGCCUCAGUUCGAAAACCCAGCCCCGACCCUCAAAACCAAUCUUCCAAACCCCCUCAAUCCGAUUCCAAUUCCUCCUUCUCCGGUGAUCCUCAGGUCCGCCUUGCCCUUUACAUCGCCAUGGCCCACGCCGGCCUUGCCUUCACCAUUCUCACUCUCUACGCCGUCGGUCGCAUCCUCGAAGCCUAUCUCCGCCCUCUUCAGUGGGCCGUCCUCUGUUCUAUCCCUCUUCGCGGCAUUCAACAAACCCUUGAAGGGUUCUGGUCCGAACCCCUUCAAUUGGGCCUUACCGAGACUCUUCUCGCCAUCCCUGUUGCUGUUUUUCAGGUUUUUGUUGGAACCCUUGUUCAAUUUCGAGAAGUUUGUUUUCGGGUUGUUCUUAGGAGGAAGAAAUCUGGGCAUGUUAGAAGGAAUCAGAGUGUGUUUUCUAAGUUGCUGCGAUGGCUUGUGUCGUUUUGGAUUUUUAUACUUGCUUAUGAGAAUUUUGGUGUUGUUGGUUCUGUUUCGCUUCUUGCGUUAGGCUUUUUGUUUGGUUCUAAGUCCGUGGAUCCUACCAAGUAUAAUGUUUCUUCGUUUCGUAGCUUGAGUUUUCGUCGUACUGCUGUUAGUGCGUUUUUCACUACAGGGCUAUUGAAAAGAUUGAAAACCAUUGUUGCAAUUGGCUUGAUUGUUGCUAUGAUUGUUGUGUUCUUGGCUGGAUUAGUGUUUUUCUCUUACAAAAUUGGGGUUGAAGGGAAAGAUGCUAUGAUUUCGUUGAAACUACACGUGGAAGAGAGCAACUAUGCGGAGAGGAUUGGGGUUAAGAAGUGGAUGGAAGAGAAUGAUAUGCCUGGGAUGAUUGAUAGCUACACCACCAAGUUUUAUGAAGCAGUGUUGGAACAGAUAGAUAGCUUGGCUAUGCAGUAUAAUAUGACGGAGUUUGUCACUGGGAUUAAGCAUUUGGCUUUAUCAUCGUCCCGUGUUAACUCUUCGGGGCCUUCGACUUCUCUAAUGACUCCAUCACCAUACACGCACAAACUUAUGAGCUUGAGAAACCGGAUUAGUAACAAGGAAUGGGGUCAGAUUUAUACAGAGCUGGAUGCAAUUAUUAGGGAGUUGAUAAUUACUAGGGAGGAUUUAGUUGAGAAAGCAAAAGGAUUAGCCGUUCAAGGGAUGGAUAUUUCGCAGCGAGUCUUUGCUAGCAGUGUAUCAGUACUAGGAGGCAGUGCGAAGCUAAUGCUUUCGAUUGGUAGUUCUAUCAUUUCAGGAGCGGCUGAGGUUUUCAACUUUGUUUCUCAGUCGAUGGUGUUCUUUUGGGUUCUGUAUUAUCUCAUCACUUCUGAAUCUGGUGGUGUGACUGAACAAGUUAUGUAUAUGCUUCCAAUUGAAGAUUCGGCCCGAAUUCGAUGUGUUGAAGUUCUUGACCAUGCAAUCUCGGGUGUUCUUUUGGCUACAGCAGAGAUUGCAAUCUACCAAGGAUGUCUAACAUGGCUCUUGCUUAGACUAUUUGAAAUACAUUUCUUGUAUGUGUCCACUGUUCUUGCAUUUCUCAGUCCUCUUUUCCCAAUUUUUCCGUCUUGGUUUGCAACAAUUCCAGCAGCCUUGCAGCUGCUGCUCGAAGGUAGAUAUGUAGUAGCCAUCUGUUUGGCCAUUAUUCACCUCGUGCUCAUGGAUUAUGGCAUCUCGGAAAUUCAAGAGGACAUACCUGGUCACAGUGAAUACCUUAUGGGACUUAGCAUCAUUGGUGGAAUGACUUUAUUUUCAUCUGCAUUGGAGGGUGCGAUUAUGGGACCGUUGAUUACAACCGUCGUGAUAGCCCUCAAGGAUUUGUAUGUGGAAUUUGUUCUGGGUGAAAAUAAAGGAAAGGAGAAGGAGAAAGAAAAGGAAAACGAAAAGCGCAACUAGACAGCGGUUAUUUUUGUUUGUAAAUUAUGGUCUUCUUUAUCAAGCAUAUGGUUGCUGCAAACUCCAUCAUUCUUGGUGAUGCAUUGCCAUUGCUGCAAGAGAACUGCCCAUUGAAUUGUAAGAAAUUUGUAAGUUAUGUUUAUUUUUUUUAUAUACUGGUUCUGUGGUCUUUCUAUCUCCAUUUUUUCCCAUGUAAAAUCAUUUUGUUUUUGAGAGAAAUAUAGUUAUAUGUUUUAAUUUUUGAUUGCUUGUCACUGUAUCUAUACGAUGCUGGUCGGUUCGGGAAGUACUCUUCGUCUUUCCUGUCUUUUCUUGUCAAGAAAAACAGAAUAAAGCUUUCAAAUUCCAGAAA